UGUGUCAAUCCUGAUCUUCAACACUUCUCGGCAGUGCUUUGUUGUGGUGAAGCAGUUCCGCCCAGCCGUUUACAUGUGUGAAGUAGAAAAGCGUCACCCUCAAGUCUUUAAGAAUCAGGACAAGGAGAGCUUUUCUCAUCUGGAGGAUCCCUUACCCGCGGUGGUAGGAGUGACCUAUGAACUCUGUGCUGGCAUUGUAGAUAAACCAGACCUUUCUUUAGAAGAAAUUGCAUGUGGGGAAGUCUUAGAAGAGUGCGGCUAUCGUGUUGCCGUUACUGACCUAAGAAGGAUCACUUCCUACAGGUAA